AUGACCAAGGACCGGCUACAGGCGCUCAAAGUGCGUUGGGAUUCCAUUUUCUAUCAUUUUGAAGAAAAAUCUCAAUUUUGGAGAUAUUAAGAGGCUCAAGGACUGGUAGAAAUUAAGAUUUUAAUUCAAAAAAAAAGUUUUUUCUGAAAUUCCGUCCAACUUUUCAUUAAAAAUCCCCGGAUUUAUCAUUUUUUCCUAGAGUUUUUCAAGACCAGAUCUUGUUUUUUUUUUUAUUGAAAUAAGGUAGAUUUUUUUGGUUUUUUUCAAGGUUCAUUAGCUCCGAAAAAUUUUUUUAAUUUAACAAACAAGAUAAAAUUUUUUUAAAUUUCACUCAAAUUUUGACGAUUUUUUUAACAUAUGAUAUUCAAAAAAAUUUUUUUGAUUCAUUUUUUGAGAAAAAAAUAACCAAGUUAAUCUCUUGUUUUUUUAGUUUUUAUUUUUUUCGAAUUUCAAGACCCUGAUUCAUCGACAAAAAAACACGUGAAGAAAUGACGAAAAACUGAAAAAUCGAAGAAAAAUCAAAUAAAAAAUUUUUUUGAAUUUCAACGAGAAAAAAAAUUUCCUUUUUUUAAAUUCAAGUUUCAAAGAAAAAAAUGUUCUAAUUUGGUUUUUUUCUUGUAUUUAUCGGUACUUUUUUUCAGGCGGCGCAGUCCGAAGAUGAACAAGACGAGGACAUGCACGUCGACACCGGAAACGCCCAAUAUAUGGAGGAGUUUUUCGAGCAGGUAUGCUUUUUUGUCGGAAAAAUAGGUUCUGAAACGAAAAUGCUGCUUUUUUAAUGAUUUUUUGGCUUUUUUGUGCUUCUGGAAUUUUUUUUUCUUUUCAUGAAGGGUUUUCUAAGCUUUAAGUGAUAAAACUUCAUUGAUUUCACCGGCUUUUCUUGUAUUUUUUGGAUUUUAAAAAUUUUAGUUGAGUUUUUAUUGCAACAGUUUUCAAUGGGAAGAUCAUUUUAAGGGUUUUAAAGGGAAAGAAAUCGAUUUUUAAGGGGUUUUUGGAGAAAAUAAAAUAUUUUAAGGGAUUAGGAAGGUUAGAGGGUGAUUUGAGGUCAUAUUUAUGGAUAAUAUUGAGAAAUUCCAGGUUUGAAAGUGGUUUUUGAAGAAUUUGAGAAGAAAUAAUAAUUAACUUGGGUUUUAUUUGAGAAUAAUUCAAUGGAAAAUCGAUACCAGAAAAAUUUAGAAGAGCAAAUUUUGAAUUUCAACUCAUUUUCUCACCAUUUUUUGUUUAUAACUGUUUCACCUUGAUCUAAGAGCCAAAAAAGGCUUAUUACCCAUAUCAGUUUCCCGAAAAAAAUGUUGAUAAUUAGUUCAAUUUUUCGCCAAUUUGCACACUCUCUCUGUAUCAAAAGCGUUCCCUCUCCUCAAUAUAUUUCCUCCCCUUUUUUUCCUACUCCCCCUAGUUUUCUUUUCACAAUAGAAUGGAGAAGCGGAAUAACAAAGUCUCAGCCUUGUUGGACAGGGGAAUUUUCGAGUAUUUCUCGGAAAAAAGAUGGAGCAGCAGCGCGUUCCCUUAGGUGAACUAGGAAGUUUUUUUGGUUCUUUUCUUCAAAUUACUAAUGAAAAUCUCGGAUUUUGUGGGUAAAAACGCGGAAAACGGCUCUUCCCCUUGAGACCUUUAUAGAUUUGGUCCAUGAGCCUUUAAACAUAUGCAAGACUUUGAUUAAAAUUUAGAUAGAGAAAUAUGAAAAAGUCUAAGUUUUUUUAAGGCUGUAAAUUUGCGGAAGUCGAUGAAUUUGUGGAUAAUUUUUCUACAUUUUUCAUUUUUUUAAUGUUUAAGGAUUUUUUUCAAGAUUCCAUGGGAAUACAUAGGAAAGUACUUUUUGAACAAAAGUUAUUAAAAAAAGCUUGAUUUUUUUGCGAUUUUUUUGAGGCUUAUUUUUCAAAACUUGAGUAUUCAAAAGAACAAAAAAAGUUACUAGGAAAAUUUUUUCACCGAGUUUAAUUAUUAUGAAGGUCAAGCUUUAAAGGCUUCCGAGUAAAUGCGCUCUAAAGAUAAUCUUAUAAAAUUUCUUUGUAUUUGUUAACCUUUUCAUUUUCUCAGGUCCGCAUAUGAAAAAUAUAAAGAAAAUGAAUUGAAAACAAAUAUUCCGACAUUUUUCUAAUUUUUAUCCAGCUGUUAAGAUGUAAAAUUCUGAACCCAUAAAAAUGUCGAUUUAUGCGCAUUUUUCAAGCUUUCUCCUGCUCAUUUUCACAGAAUCGCAUAUGAAAACUAUAAAAAAAGAACGAAUGUCAAACCGACUGCGCGCCGGGGCGUUGUUGGCAAUUAAAUUUGCACCGCAAAUUGCAUUUCGCAACCUUCUCCCGCGCGGCUCUCCGCGUUCCCAAAUGUAUGAGACAAUCCGUCUCUUUCUCUCCCUCCAAUUGUAUAUGAUGUUUCUUUUUUUCCACUUUUUUUUGGACCCCAAACAUGCACAAAACGACAGAAAAAAGCGUUGAAUACACGAUGGGCAAUGCAAGCGGAAUGCCGUGAAAUUUCCCCCGGCCCAACGAUUAGGAAAACGGAAAAAAAAAACACUGCGAAAAAAAAAGUUUCCUCCGGCUAAAGUCAUUUGGAGAGAUUUGAAAGCGAGAAGGCGCAAUUAGGAUCGAAUCGCCCGCGGGAUUUUCCCCCUUUUGAGCAUAUUUUAUAGGGCUAAUGAGCCAAUUUGAGGCCGGUGAGUUAUUCGAAUUUUUGGAGAUUUUUGGAAGAGGGCUAAAGAAGCUUUGGUUGGGUACAAGGGUAGAGAGAGGUGUUAAAAAAAUAGUGGGAUCAGGAAAAGUUUCAUAAUUCUUUCAGCAUAAUUGUAGUUAGGGGAAAAAGAUCUACAGAUUUUUAGAAAUUAAAUAAGCAUCAUUUAGGAAGUUGAUGAGUGGAUCUGAGGUUAAGCCGGUAAUUUUUUUGAAUUUUGGACGUUUUUGGAGUCUUUAAGCUUUUAUUUUGUCUCGAGUAUUGAAAGAGAUUUUGAAAAAAAGAUUACAGAACCAAAAAAUUUGUAGGAUUGCGAAAAUUGUCCACUUCUUUCAGUGAAAUUGUAGAUAGGGAAAAAAUCUAAAAAGGUUUGAUUUUUGGGAAAAAGGGCUCUUUUUGAGCAUUUUUAAUAAGGUUCAUGAGUCUAUCUGAGGUCUUGGGAGGAUGCUGAAGAUGUGAAUUUUUUUUUUUUGAAGGAGCGUAAGUCGUUUUAAGGUCGGGUGAUUCUUCAUAAUAAGCUUUGAGUGGUUCUCCAUGCUUCUACCUUCUUUUAUAAUUGAUUAUGUAUUUUUUAUUGUUUUGCGGAAAUUUAACUAAUUAGCCUCAAAAUUGAACCUCAACUUAUUCAGCUUCAACAGUUUUCGUUCAGCCAUGUUUCAAAAUUUCUUAUAGCCUGUUUGCCAACCUUUGAAAUUUCACCGAACGACAUUCCGCUGUUUUGCCGCGUGCGGUCGCGUAGCGGUUUUGCCUUUGCGAAGCGCUUAAAAUUUUUUAUUUCUUUUAAGUACUAGAUUUUGAUGCGUUCCAAAUAAGACAGUCUAUCUACAAUAAUUGAUAAUCAAUUAAAAGCGCGACCGAGAUUCGCAAAGGCAAAGACGCUACGCGACCGCACGCAGCGGAACAGCGGAGUGUCGUUCAGUGAAAUUUCAAGUGUUGGCACACAGACUAUAUGAAGACUGCUCUUCUUUUCAAUAUGAAUCUUCCAAAUUUCAAAAAAAAAUUUUCAAGAGGGUAUACAGAAGUUAAGUUUUAUAAGUCAAUUUUGAUUAAUUAAACUUAUUUUUCUUUCUUAAAUUACUGAAAAUUGUACCAGCAACGUUACCUUGGGAUCUCUUUGCUUCAAAUAACUUUAGUUUUUCAAGUUUUUACAAGGCUGUACUCCUUUUCUUGUUCCAAAAUGUCCUAGAAGUCAAAAAUUGACCCCAAAAUCUUAUUCAAACUUCUGAAAGCGUUCAACUUCGGGACCAGCGGAACCUCUAUUGAUUCUCACCCAUUCUUUCUUCUCUUCCUGAGUUGGACCAAACUCAACCCGGGGCUUGCCCCCCACUCUUCUUCUCGUUCUCGAGUCGUCUUUUUCCCGCCCGUGCUUCUUGGCUAGUUUCUCUCCUUCUGAUGUGCAACGCGCACUCUUUGAAUCGGAAUUGGCCCGUUGGAAGGGGGCUCACACGCCACUUGAAACACUUGAUCUUCUCUGAGUUAUGGCCGACGGAAAUGUUCGCUGCUUCCUUUUUUCGGAAGAUGGAGAUAUCCGUUGCACUCGGCCGUCUUUUCUUGGAAGGGGGAGAAUUGAGGUUUUUUUGCAGGAGAUGUUUGAGAGUUUGUCGAGGCGAUAUACUUAUGAGUAUUUUUGGUUUUUAGGAUUAAGAAGCUUCGGAAGGCGCGGAUGAUAAAAAAAUAGCCCUGCCUUUAAAUGGACAAAAAAAUGGGGGCGGGGGAGAAAAUAAGGUUUUUUUGCAGGAGAUGUUUGAGAGGUUGUCGAGGCGAUAUACCUAUGAGUACCUCGUUUUUUUAGGAUUAAGAAGCUAAGACAUUGAUUAUUAGAAAAAAAGGCCCUACCUUUAAAAUGGACUCAAAAUGGGGGAAGGUUUAAAAUUUUGAACGCGGCUAAAAAAACAGAUUUUUUUCACCAAAACAGCUCAACCUUUGUUCAUAGUGAUGACCGUUUACUUCCAUAAAAUCAGCUCAUUUCAUUUUUUUAUUUCGAAUCGCUCACUUUUGAAAAUUUAAGACUGUUACGAAAUUCAGAUUGAGAGAAUUUCGGACUAAUUAUGGCUUUAUUCAAGCUCCUUCUUGUUUCAAACCCAUCUCUGGAGAUUCGCCAGAUCCUCUGUGCUUGAAAAAUUGCCCAUAAACGUGUAGAACCAAAAAAAGGAAGGAAAGAAAGCUGCGCACGAUGUUGGUGGUGUUGGCGGAUGGGCGUAGGAUGAAUGAUGGGAAUAUUUGAAAAAAGAUGAGAAACAUUUGGUUUCCGGGCAGUUUUUCGUGUCGAAUCCUGUUCUUCAAGGCGAAAAUCUGUCGGAAAAUUGAAAAAUUGGUUUUUUAUGGCUUUCCAGGAUCAUUAACUAACCGAAAAAUGGCCUUCAGCAAGACUUAUUUUGUUUCCAAGUUAUUUUUCACUGAGAAAAUUAAUUUUUUCACUUCGUAGGAACCGAAAUUUGUUUUUUAUUGAAGGCUGCUUGAAAUUAUUGCUUUAAAAUUGCUCUCCAAGUUCAAAAAAAAAGUAUUCUCUGUAGACGCUUCAUACCUAAUCAAACCAUUUUUUGUCCUUCUAAAGCUCCAAAUCCCCCUCCAAAGACCUUCCACUCGAAAAAUCGCCCAUAAACGAGCAAAACCAAAAAAGGAAAGAAAGCUGCUGACGAUGUUGGUGGCGGAUGGGCGUAGGAUGAAAGAUGAGAAGAUGGCAUCCUCGGAUGAGUGCGUGAGUGUUGUCUUGCUGCUGGUUGCUGAGGUGAAAAUGCUCUUUUUUUCCAUGCCUUCGCUGGGAGAAGAGUGCUGGAAGUAGUAGUUGUGUCGAGGGGAGGACUGGCAUUCAUUUCCCCUUCUUCUUCUUGCCUCUCCCACGCCUUUUUGGAAAUGCGAAAACUCAUUUUGGUCGACCACUAGGCGAAGAUCAACGCCUUUAAUUUAUUUCUUUCCGUCCAAACUGCCUUUGGAGUUGCACUCCGGAGAAGAAGAGAAAUGGGGAUUUUUGAAGGGGAGAGCUCUUCGGAGAGGAUCUGGGAUAAAUGGCGGAAACAUUGCUCCAUGGCUAAUUGUUACCAUAUGACGGCGCUUUAUGGCUAAAUUGACAGAUUAGAAAGAAAGAAAAAAUCAUGUGAAAUAACAGCCUUUCAAACUUGAGCUUGUAUGCUCUAUGGCUAAUUUAAAUGAUUUGAGAGAAAAAUGGGGAAAUAAGUUGAACUUUGCAACACUUUUCCCUUUAACGUGAACCUGAGUGUUUCUAGUGACCGCUCUAAUGGCGUCAGUACUCUUUAGUGAUCCCUAGAAUCCAUCAGAAACCUCCGGGGUGCGUCUGAUUUUGAAAAAAUUGGAAACCUUGCUCCAUGGCUAAUUGGUACCAUAUGACGUCUAUAGCUGGAUUGACAGAUUAGAAAAAAAAUGUGUGAAAAAACAGCCUUCCUAACUUGAGCUUGUAUGCUCUAUGGCUAAUUUAAAUGAUUUGAGAGAAAAAUGGGGAAAUAAGUUGAACUUUGCAACACUUUUCCCUUUAACGUGAACCUGAGUGUUUCUAGUGACCGCUCUAAUGGCGUCAGUACUCUUUAGUGAUCCCUAGAAUCCAUCAGAAACCUCCGGGGUGCGUCUGAUUUUGAAAAAAUUGGAAACCUUGCUCCAUGGCUAAUUGGUACCAUAUGACGUCUAUAGCUGGAUUGACAGAUUAGAAAAAAAAUGUGUGAAAAAACAGCCUUCCUAACUUGAGCUUGUAUGCUCUAUGGCUAAUUUAAAUAAUUUGAGAGAAAAAUGGGGAAAUGAGUUGAACUUUGCAACACUUUUCCCUUUAACGUGAACCUGAGUGUUUCUAGUGACCGUUCUAAUGGCGUCAGUACUUUUUAGUGAUCCCUAGAAUCCAUCAGAAACCUCCGGGGUGCGUCUAAUUUUCGUUACCGAAACACGACUUUCCUACGAUUUUUGUUAGAAGCUCCAUUUUUAUCACAUAUUUUCCACUUAAGGUCGAAGAAAUACGAGGGAGCGUGGACCUGAUCGCCAACAAUGUCGAAGAGGUCAAGAAAAAGCACUCGGCAAUCCUCUCAAAUCCAGUUAAUGAUCCCAGUUAGCAUCGCAGCGACAUUCCCUCGGAAUAAUUGGCUUUCCUUGCAGAAACCAAGGAGGAACUCGACGAGCUCAUGGCCAGCAUCAAGAGGACCGCUAAUAAAGUCUAAAAACUAUUUUUAAUGAAGAAAAUGUAUAAAUUCUAGGUCCGAGGGAAGCUGAAGCUCAUCGAAAACGCGAUCGAACACGAUGAAUCUUCUGGCGCCGCAAAUGCCGAUUUGAGAAUCCGAAAAACUCAGCACAGUACUCUGUCCAGACGAUUUGUUGAGGUGAUUUUUUGGGUCUUAUCAGGAAAAAAAAGGAAAAAAAUUUAAAUGGGAAUGGUGAAAACCCAGUGUAUCUUAUCCAUGUAGACGAGGAACUUUUUUUAAUCAAAAAUAUUUUUUUCUCUCGUGCAAAGUCGGAAAGGGUGGAAAAAGGCUUCAUAGAAAUGUUCCUAUUAGGGUGAAAAAUGCUUCUUUUUUGUUGCCUUUUUGGGCCAUUUCAUCGGCCAUUAUGAACCAUUUUUGCUGCCUUUUUCUUUUUCCACCAUUUCUUAAGCCUUUGAUGUUCUUUAAAAAUGGAAAGCUCGAUAAAGGGAAUCGUUUUGCUGCUGUUCUGGGCCCUUUUUGCUGCCUUUCUGCGGCCUUUUAUGAGCAUCUCUUUUUUAGCGGUCAUUAUAACAAUUUCCGGCUUUGCACGAGUUGGUAUAUUUCAUCUUUAAGUUAGGAAGUUCAAAAAAUAACGAGAAGGUGAAGGAGAUUUGAAAAAAAAUGUUUCUUUUGGAGAGCGCUUUUUUUCUUUCACAACUAGGUUAUUUUACUUGGCGACUUGGAUUUUCCUACAAAUUUCCCCAAACGCUCUCUGAAAGUUAAGAAAAACGUCCUUCAUAGUCGCUACUCGGCCCAACUUUUAGUUUUCGAAAUAAUCAUUUUUGAAGCUCGAAAAGUUAGGCUCAAAGCCCAUAUUUUGCAAAUUUGAAAAGUUAUAUCUCAAAAACUAGAAAUUUACGCAGGUAGGGACUAGGAGGGAUCGUAAUCUAGACUUUCAGAGUGUUUGAGGAAUGUAUUCUUGUAGAUAAUUAUUUUUUAAUGUUCGAUAAGUUAACCCAUAUUUCGCAUUUUCAUCUUCGAAGCUGUGAGCGAUGAAGGGACCGAUUCUUAAACUUUGAAAGAAUGUUUCCGCAAAUUUAUAGGAAGUUUAAAACCGCGAAGUCGAGAGACCUCCUUGUAGGAAAUUAGUUAAAAUUCAAAAAUUAACGUCUCAAAAAUUAGAAAUUUCCGCAGGUCGCAACUAUAUGCAUACAUGGGAUAGUCUCGAUGAGAAAUGAAAAAAAAGGGGGGUGGACAUGGCAAAAAAACGAGAAAAUGCGGGGGGUUGGCAAAACCGUAAAAAAAGAACAUUUACAUCUUCCGGUGUCAACCUGUAAGUCAAUAAAUUAACAAAAAAACAAAUCGUUUUUUUCCUCGAGCAUGGGGCGGGGGGCUUGGCAAUAAGUUGUGGGGGAGGGGGGAUUUAGCUGUCGCCAGUCAUGCUCAUCCCAUGUAUGACUAUAAGGAAUCAUAAUCUCAACUUUCAGAGAGUGUAAAAAGCUAAUUUUCAGAAAAUCCCAAACCGCAAAGUAAAAUAACCUCACUUUUAGCAUUUCUCAUGAUUUUAAGAAGAUUUUAAGCUCAAACCAUUCAGUGAAAAAGAAAUGGGGAUAUUUAAGGUUAUGACGGAUUACAACAAGACGCAAACCGACUACAGAGAAAGGUGUAAGGGAAGAAUCCAGCGACAAUUGGAUAUUGGUAGGCUUUUUUUCAUUCCCAAUGUAUUUUUGUUUCGUUUUGAGCCUUUGUUUCAAAUUUUCAUAUUUUUCGUUCCCUUUUUAGCCGGAAAACAAGUUGGCGAUGAGGAUUUGGAAGAAAUGAUCGAAAGCGGAAAUCCGGGCGUCUUCACCCAAGGAAUCAUUACCGAUACUCAACAGGUUCUUUUUGAAUAUAUUCAGACUUGAAUCAGAAUUUUUUUCCAGUAGAAGGCUUCAAGUGAAAAUGAAAAAUAUCAUAUUUUCCUCCGAUUGUGCUUUUUUUGUGUUUUUUUAAAAUUAGACACAAAAAUUCUACAGCUUUUCAAUUUUGUGAAAAAAACUUUGAAUAUAACUUUUGAAUCAUUCAAAUCUGGAAAAAUUGGAAACUUUACUUUUUCCCUAUAGUUUUCCCUGUUCAAAUUUUGAUCAAGGAGUUGAGGAAAUGAUCGAAAAUUCUCAGUUGUCCAGGUUUUGGAUUGGAUGUUUCUCUCAAAAAAGGCUUCCAUUUUUUUUUACUCAAUCAGCUUCUUCUCCAUGUAGGAAAAAUUCGAGGGGUCGGAUUAAAUCUCACAAGGAAAAUUUUUUAAGGAAAAAUCGCAUAUCUGGUCCAAACUUCUGUCGUAGAUAGUUUCUUAGUACCCUAUGGCGCUUGGCAGAUGAUUCUUUUGUUUUCGAAUGCUAAUACCUGGGACUACCUACCACAGGAGUUUGAACCAUAUCUGCGAUGUCAGUGAGAGCAGAAAUGAAUACCGACCUCUUGCGGGGGGAGAAAUGAAACAACCAGACUUCUAACUGUACCACUCUCAUUUUUUUAUUCUACUUCAUUUUUGUAUAAAUUAUUUUUUUCUCCAGGCCAAACAAACGCUGGCCGACAUCGAAGCCCGUCACAACGAUAUCAUGAAACUGGAGAGCAGCAUCCGGGAACUACACGACAUGUUCAUGGACAUGGCGAUGCUCGUCGAAAGCCAAGUUAUUCUCCACUCCUUCUUUUUUUUUUCGCCCCGCCACAAAUUUAUUCAAUUUCCCGCAGUUUCUGCCCAAAAAAAGAAAGAAAAUUGAAUCGGCUCCGUUUCCCAAUCGCUUUUUGUUUACGGUCGUUAUUUAAUAAUGUAUGGGAACUCGUUUUUUUUCGCCUUUUUUUGGUGGGAAGUGUUGAAAAUUACAUUUUGGCUCUGUUUUUGAUAUCAUAAUCUGAUGAAGUGCUUAGGAACGCUAGAGUGGUCCCUAUGGGGGCAACUUUAGGGACCUUGAGGGACCACUUUAACAGCCCCUAUAUGGGGCACUAAAGCUUGCAAAAAUGGUCUUUAUUCGGGUUUGAGUUAGUGGCCAAUGCAGUUCUCGGUAUAGUACUUAAAAAUGCCGGAGUGGUCACUAUAGGGGCAACCUUAGAGAUAUUUGAAAUUCCCCCUCUAGGGACCACUUUACCAACCCCUACAGGGGCCACUGAAUUUUGCAAAGAUGGUCUGUGUAGGGGUUUUAGGUAAUGCCAAUAUAAUUAUUGGUGAAGUACCUAGGAACGCUAGAAUGGUCUCUAUAGGGGCAGCCGUAGAGGCUUUUGAAGUUUCCCUUCUAGGGAACACUUUUCAUCCCCUUAUAGGGCCCUAAAACUUGUAAAAAUGGCACAGAUAGAGGUUUUAGUUAGUGGCCCCUGUAGGGGUCGUUCUUUAUUAAUAACUCUAUGAGAAGAAGCAUUCUUAGGCGAAAGGCGGGUCAGAUCUCAAAUCCCUAUAAGGAUCUCUUAAAAUUUAUCCUUAUAGGCAUCACUUUUUGUCCCCUAUAGGGACUGUUCUUCCCGAACCUUUUAGAUAUCAUUCUGGCGUUUCUAAGAUUUAUAUGAUCAUUCUUUCCUAAAAAUGUUCAUAUGAAUCUUUCAAGGUUCGUUUCUUGGUUCGGAAGUGUUUUUAUAAGUUUUAGAAUUAUUUUGAACCAUUUUAAAAAAAUAUAUGAAGUUGUAGAUAUUUUUAUUGGAAAGAUUAGUGCAAUAGUGUGUGAAAAUCAUUGGUAACGGUUUUUUUUUGUUGUGAAAAUAUGGAUUUUUUGAAUAUUUCAGAGGAAAACGGAGGAGGUUCAAGAAGUUUUAGGAUAUGUUUCAAAUGACAGUUGGGAAAAUUCAGGGAGAAAUGGUGGACCGAAUCGAGUACAACGUGGAGCACGCCAAGGAAUUUGUCGACCGGGCAGUCGCCGACACGAAAAAAGCCGUCCAGUACCAGAGCAAGGCCCGACGGGUAACUUUUACUUUCUUUUUUGAGGGUUUCUUCAAAUUGAGCUUCAAGAGUUGGCUUUUUUUGAUUUCUAAACACAAAAUCUAAAAAAAAUUCAAUUUUUUUCCUGUGCGAAACGGAUCUUUUUUUCGAGGUUUUGGAGCCAAAAAUCUAUAAAACACUCAUUUUUUUCCUAUGGAAAUUUCAUCUUUUUUUCGGUUUUUUUAAGUCCAAAAUUUACGAAAAGAAAGCAUUUUUUUAGUGAAAAACUCAUCUUUUUAAGCCUUCUAAGUCCGAAAUCUAAGAAGAGAAGUCAUUUUUCCCGUGGAGAACUCAAAUUUUUUCGAUUUCUAGUUCCAAAAUCUACAAAAAUUUGCAGUUUUCCUGUGGAGAACUCAUCUUUUUCAAAGCUUUUAAGUCCAAAAUCUACGAAAAGUAGGCGUUUUUUGUGGAAAUCUCAUUUUUUUUUAAGCCUAAAAUCUACAAAAUACACGAUUUUUCUGUGUAAGCUUAUCUUUUGAAGAUUUUUAAACCAAAAUCUAAAAAGAAAUUUUUCUCUUAUUAAAAAAAAAUCAACCAUUCAUUAUUUCAAAAAAACGAGUUUGAUUAUUUGAAUAUUUUCUAGUUUCGGCGAAAAAACUGCUCCAAAAAAGGCUUUUUUUUCUGGAAAAGUGUCAAUUUUAACACCAAAUUUUCCUAGGCGAUCCAUUAUUGUUGUCAAUUUUUAGGAAGCUUAAUUUUUUUAGAUAUCCUCUUAUUUUUUUUGGCCACUCUGCACGGCUUCCGGCUUUUGUCUUGUCUGGUCUCGUGUGUGUCAUUAUGCGUCUCUUUUUUCGUUCUGUUUUGUUUCUUUCUGCAUGUGUGGAUGUGUCAGUGCAAUUGCGUGUGAAAUUGUGAGUGUGCUGUGUGAAGUUUUUAUUGGGGCACUCGGAAAUUUUCUUCUUUUUUGGGGGAUUUUGAUGAGAAAAUAGAGUGGAGUAUGGAGCUGGAUAAGGGAGAUUUUUUUGGAACCAAUCUUUAGUUUGAUUUUUUUGAGGGGUGGGGGGGGUUGUCUUGCGGAUUUUUUUCAAGAGAAGUAAUUGAAAUUCAGUAGUGGAUAAGUGAUUUUUUCAGAAUUAACUUUUCGUUCACUUAAAUUAAUUUUACGGAGUAAGUUCUCAGUUUUGAGGAGGCUUUUUAUGACAGAAAAAAAGAGGGUUUUUUUCGAAUUGAACGUGUGAAAUUUUUUUCGGAAACAACUUUUCGCUCACUCAUUUUAAUUUUAAUAAGUAAGUUCUCAGUUUUGAGGAAUUUUAGGACAGGAGAAGAGGAUUUUUCGAAUUGAACAUGUGAAACUUUUUCGAACUCAACUUUGAAUCCGAUUGUUUUGAUUUUGCGAAGUAAGGUUCUAUUUCGAGCAUUUUUGAGCUGAAAAUGGAGCUUUCGAGUUGAUUUAUGAUAUCAGAUAUGGUCCGCUAUUCACCAGAAGGAUUUUUUUGAAAAGAAAAAUCAGUUUAAUUGAAGUUUUAAUAAAUGUUAGAACCCCUUUCUUGAUUCUAAGGAGAGGAUCAUUCCGUGGACUAUCGAAAUUAGUGGACUUUUAUGGAAUCGAUUGGACCCUAGUUGUUGCUUUUUGAAAUUUGUGUGGUGAAGUUCUCAUGAUAAAAAAGGUUUUAUCAGAUUUCCAUAGCUGAUAGCCAAGAAAAAGCGAUUUUUCAUUUAUCAUCAGAAAAACGCGAAAUUCAGCAGUUUUUCAAGCCCGUUAUGUGUUGGGUCAUAAAUUUCGAACAAUGAGCUGAAGUUUUUCGAACUAAACAACUUGUCAAAAUGUUCUCCCCAGGGAGAAGAAGCUCAUUUCGAAAAGGAAGUUGAGGCUUUUUGGAAAGUUUUCGAAUGGGUGAGGUUAUAGUUAUCGAUUUUAAACUGCGAAAUUUUUUUUUUCAUUUAAAAAAACAGUUGUAUUGAUUGUUUUUUUCGUUUAGAAACUUUGAAGUUAAGUGAAUUUGUUAUAUAGCUUUUUCUGGGAGAAUUAUGUUAGAAAGACGAUUUUUCAAUAUAUCAAUCGUUUUCCAAGAACAUGUACGUUUCAUAGAGGGUUCAAGAAUGGGAGCUACGACAAGAACUAGUUUUCCAUUAGCGGAGGGUACAUAUAUAUUUCCUUUUUUUUUUGGCUUUUUUUCAAGAUUUACAUUUUUCUCGAUGAUAAUUGGUCGACAAAGAACAGUAUCAAAAAUAAAAUGAAAAAUAGAAUCCAAAAAAAACUCGGAGAUGAAGUCACGCAACAAAAGUGUAUGCACGCAAUGCGCAUUUCCGCAUACAGUACUCCUCGAAAAUGGAAAACUCGCUCUUUUUGUAGCACCCCAGACGGAGAAUUUGGAAAAAGCGUUAUUAUUGAGUUAGAACUAAUUCGGUCACGUGGAAAUCUAGUCAGCAAGAUUUUUUAAUUCAUGGAAAUAUUUAGCCGACUUUUAUAGUCUCUGUGCCACGACUUGAAAAUUUUUCAUUAACAAAAACAGUUAUAUUGAUUGUUUUUUUUUUCGUUAAGAAACUUUGAAGUGAAGGAAUUUGUUAUAUACCUUUCCUUUGGGAUUAUUAUGUUAGGAAGGCCGAUUUUUCAAAAUCUCAAUCAUUUUCCAAGUACAUGUACGUUUCAUAGAGGGGUCAAGAAUGAGUGCUACGACAAGAACUAGUUUUCCAUUUGCGGAGGGUACAUAUAUAUUUCCUUUUUUUUGGCUUUUUUUCAAGAUUUGCAUUUUUCUCGAUGAUAAUUGGACGACAAAGAACAGUAUCAAAAAUAAAAUUGGAAAAAAAAUUCGAAAAAAAAACCCCGGUGACGUCACGCAAGAGAAGUGUAUGCACGCAAUGCGCGUUUCCGCAUACAGUACUCCUCGCAAAUGGAAAACUCGCUCUUGUCGUAGCACCCCAGACGGAGAAUUUGGAAAAGCGUUAUUAUUGAGUUAGAACUAAUUCGGUCACGUGGAAAUUCAGCCGAAUAGAUUUUUUUUAUUCAUGGAAUUAUGUGUUAAGCUGACCUUUAGGAUUUUCUUUUGGAUUUUAUUCAUUUAUUUAGUUUUCCCCGUUCCCAUCAAUUUGGAACUUUCAGAAAAAUUUUCUCACAAGUUUUGUAGAGAUUAACGUAGGAAGACCCCAUAUAGGGAAUUUAUCGAUUGUGAGCUGGAAAAGCGGCUUUUGAGGCUUCUUUAAUCCGUGUGGCCAUAUUUUAUGGAUGUGUUCCACUAGGGAUUUGUGUAGGCUUUCUCUUUUCUGCCUUCUUUCCCGCAGUUUAAGCUGGGAUUUGAACGUGGGCUUGUUAGAACUUGAUCAUAUGGGGGAUGAAUAUUUUUGCAAUGAAAUAGAGAUUUUUAUAAUUUAUGACUGGCUUCAAAGUUUCCUGUACUUGAGUUGGGUAGCCAGGAUAUUUUUGACAUUUAUCAAUAGAUUUUUUUUUUCUACGAAUGGUUCAGUUUCUUCAUUUUACGAGUUUAGGUCUUUUUGCACCUAUUUUGAACUGGAGUGAUGGGUUUCAGUUGGAAGAUGGUUUUAGGGAUAUAAUAUGGGGAUAAAGCCAUUUUUUAUGAGGCACCACUAUUAAAAUUCAUUUUUGAACUUUUCUUAACUAAUUCAACUCUGUAUCCUGAGCUAUUUCGGGGAAUUUAACUCAGAUUUUCCUCAUUAUUAAAGAUGAAAGCAUGUCAGAAACAAUAUUUCAAGUUUUUAAUGUUCCGAAAUGCUCAGGAGAAGCAAUAACUUCAGUUAAAAUCUCUUUUUUAACAUUUUUAUGAAGAUCAGCCAUCCAGAAGGAACCUUAUAGAAGUCCUAAAAUGGACAAUGAACGGAAUAACUUUCCGAUAAGAUCCCAAUAACUAUCCUUCCCUAACCGUCAUACCAGAUUUGGACUGACCAACCAAAAAACAAGAAGAUUUUCAGAAGAAAAUUUGCAUAUGUCUGAUCGUGCUGGUGGUGUUGUUGGUGGUUGUUGUGGCGAUCAUUAUCUGGGUGGUCGUCUCGAACACGGCCACCAAAGCCGUCCUCCCAUCCACGUCAUCUGGUUCUUCUGAUUCUUCUCCCUCUUCGAAAUCAUCGUCGUCUUCUGGAACGAACACCCGGCAGCGUGUCGACGCCUAAUUGCCCCGACAAUUUUGCCUUCGCCUCUUUUUUUGUUUCCUCCCGAAGGAAAAAAACUUUAAUGCUGUUUGGCUCGGCGCAGUCUCGAUUUCUAUUCUGUUCUUUUUAGGAGGGAUUCUAAGUUCAAAGGGUUUUUUUGAGGCUCGGUAUAGUCGAUUUCGGAAAAGCUUGAAGCGUCGCGACUUACUUGAAUGAUGACCAAAGGCGCAAGCCGUAUCAAGUCGGGGGCAAACGCUCCGCUGCGCUUCGAGCCAUUCCAAAUGCGACCAGAGGGUUCAAAGUUCUCGCCAGUGAAGUAUAAUAAUAGAUCUCACAGGAUUCUAGUAAAAAAAAAGUCGUUUAGGUACUGUUUUUCCUUUUUUUUUUCUGGUAUGAAUUCUGAAAUUUUUGGACGUGAUUUAAGUUUUGAAGUAACUUCACUACCCAUUCUCGAAAUUUUCAAGUUAAAAAUCGAUUUUUCGAAAUUUUUCAUGGGAGGAAUCAGUUAAUAGAUAGCUGCGUCUUUAAUAUAAUUUAUUAACUUAUUAAUUUAUCAGUUUUUUUCAUUCAAUUGACAGUUUUUUUAAUGGAACUCUAUGCUAUUUUUGGUGUUGUCAUUGGAUUUCUUAUUAUUCGGGGACUCAGAAAAAAACGUGUUGCUUUCGUCGUGAUAUGUUGUCAUUUUUGCAUUUUUCGACGUCGUGAUUGUGUCGUUUUUGUGUAGGAAAUAUUCCCUAAUACAUGACAAUUUCAAAUUUUCAGAAGAAGAUUAUUAUCCUCAUCGUUGUCUCGGUAAUUAUCGUCUUCCUAACGAUGAUCAUCUUGAGUUACCUUCCAUUGCCCUUUUAG